AUGCCAAAAUUCGUUCUCACAGGUGCAGACGGCAACCUUGGCCGAAUCGCUGCUAGCUUCGCCUUGGAGGUUGCCAAGCCUGAUGAUGAACUCGUUUUCACCACCUACAAAGAAGAGGCCAUCCCUGCCGAUCUUCGAAAAUCAUGGACCGACAAAGGUGCAAAAAUCGUCACCGCUACGUACGACGAUAUCGAAAGCCUCAAGGCAGUCUUCCAAGGUGCUGAAGCCGUCUCACUGAUUUCAACAUGGCUCUUUGGUGAAGGUCGACGCCGUCAGGCUCAGACUGUCGUUGAUGCUGCGAAAGAAUGCGGUGUCAAGAGAGUCUGCUACACCUCCUUCGUUGGGGCUGGUAUCGAGGCUGAGAAUGAGGAGGAUAUUCCUUUUCUUCCUCGGGAUCACCAUUUUAUCGAGAAGAUUAUCUACGCUUCUGGAUUGCAGUGGAACAUCCAGCGCAACUAUCUCUAUGCAGACAACAUCCCAACUCUGUUCGCUCAGUCGUGGAAGUUUUGCGGUGAUCGCUGGUUAGUCAACACCCACGGCCAAGCCGGUGCAUAUGUCGCACGAGAAGACUGCGGCAACGUCCUAGCAGCUCUGCUUCUCGGUCGAGGAGAGCCGAAUACUGUCUAUGAAGUCAGUGGCCCAGAAGCUGUCACCAACGAAGAAAUUUUCAAAUGGAUGUGCGAGCAGACUGGCUACAAGGGAGAGAUUGUCGAUAUGCCUGACGAAGAACUCAAGACUUGGUGGUUGGAUCACGGACUGCCGACUGACUUCUUUGGUGAUUUUUCCAAAUUGCCCAUGAAGCUUUGCAUUGGUGAUCUUUUAUGCUGUGGUGAGAUGGUAGCGAGGGGAUUCAUGGCGAAGACGACAGAUAGUGUUGAGAAGUUGACGGGAAGGAAGCCCAAGCCCUACAAGGAGGCUUUGUUGCAGUAUAAGGAUAUAUUUCCAAGGGAAUAA